AUGCUAGACGGGAUGCGAAAUCUGCAACAACUGAAUCUGCGCAAUAACUCUUUGACGUCAGUGGAUGAGAACACUUUCGCUUCGCUGCGAUUCAUGACGACUCUGGAUUUAGCUCAUAAUAGCUUGACCAAAAUCGCCAAGAGGACAUUUUCACAUCAGACGAAGUUGUUUUGGUUGGAUUUAUCGAAUAAUCAGCUGACUGGCUACCACAAUGAGGAAAAAUGUCGCUUCUGUUCCAUUGAACUUGCAAGUAUCGCCUGUUCCGUCUGGGUUCCUGGCUCAGCCAUCCUCUUGAGCAACAAUUGUGGUAGCCUACUCUUACGAUGGUUCUUUAAAGGAAACCCGUUGAUAUGCGACGACGAUUUUGAUUGGUUUGUGCGAUAUUUGGUGACAAAUCGGAUACGUACGUUCCUGCCGUUCCAGCCCGAAAUCACCUGCGCUGGUCCCGAAAAGUACGCUGUGCAGUCAUUCUUAUCGGCUUUUUUGCCCGGAUUGCGAUCGGCUCCUGCAGGCUCUGGCAACGGAGGUGGCGCUUUAGAGACAGCCGCUGCCGGUCUACCAAUUCUCAACACGCUGUCACAGUGUCACCGGCUCGCUGUACGUUUCGCCACUGGAGGGCAGCCAGUUGCAAGUGACAUCGAGCAACUGAUUCAGUCGAUUCCGAACUUUAUCGUCAAUGUACCAGGACUGGGCGAUGUCGAUAUCAGCAAGAUGCGGACCCAAACCUUGUUCGCUCAUGUGGCUCGUGGUGGUCAGAUUCCCGGCAUUCCAAAGGAAACCUUAGACAGUAUUGUGCAGCAGUAUAUGCUGAAAAUGCAUGAGGCAGCUGCUGCAGCUCAAAAAGGCCAAUUAUCAAAGGAUGGUUCGAAGUUUUUACCGCCACUCGAGAAACUCCCACACGAUCUGAUUCGUGCUGUGAUUCAAGGCGAAAAUCUGCCUGGAUUGGACGAGGAACAAACGAAAGUAAUCAAGGUAUUGUUCGACUGCCCACCUCUAGUCGUCUAG